AUGGGUGGUGCAUGGGAACGACUAGUCGGUUUAACCAAGAAAGCGUUUAAUAAAUCAAUAGGGCGCAAACGCUUGAGUUUUGCAGACAUGUGCACCGUGAUCACUCGAAUUGAGGCGAUUCUAAACACAAGACCUCUCACGAAACUGAACUCCAGUGAUAUUGCAGAGAUACCAUUGAGGCCCAUUGAUUUUUUGAAGGGAAAUUUCAACUACUCGCUUCCGAACGACAAAGUUGCAAACGUAUCGGGCGAUCCUGACUACGAUCCUAAUCUCAUCCAAACAGAAAAACAGGCACUUGAAGCAUUUCAAACAUCAGAAAUGAUAGCCAAUAAAUUCUGGGAGAAAUGGAAUGUUGAAUAUCUGACCUCAUUAAGAGAAACACAAAAAAUCAACCUCAAACAACCCAGACACCUACCAAGAUCACUCCCAGAAAUAGGUGAAAUUGUUUUGAUUGAAGAAGAACUAAUACCGAGAGGGUGCUGGUCAUAUGGUAGAAUCACGGAAAUUAUAUAUAGCGCCGAUGGUUCGGUUAGAUCCGCCAAAGUACUUUUACCGAACCGAAAAAUAAUUCACCGUCCUCUGAACAAAAUUUUCCCCCUGGAAAUCCGAAGUGCCCCAGAGGACACAACAAUAAACACCCAAAAAGAUCAACAUCAACCUAACCAAGAAAGGAGAAAACUUCCAGCUCGUGCCUCAAAAACAGAAGCGUAUGAAAUAAUCAGAGACUACGAACUAGGACUGGAAGGUGCUCAGUACACUAUCCCGCGAACACCUCUUGCACUAACUAUUAUUGCAAUGUUGUCAAUGAUAUCUCCAACAUUAGCUGAAUGUGUCCCCAAGAUAGCCUGCGUGAAAGGAAAGAUCAAUAUCUCACCUCCGAAAGGUUCCUUCCAGCUAUGUUUUGAUGAACAUUGCCGAACGUUCAAUGAGGUCACGAAAAACCUCACUUACACAGUACCAAUAUCCCCUCACAACGAUCAGGUAAAGGUUGCACUAAUAAUGAUAGGCAACCACAGCAUGGAGACACUUGAGACAACAUGCAACCGACCAGACUUCUGCGAUCAUCAUUACUUUCUCUCAAAAGCUCUUCUAGGCAACCCUCACUGUUGGCCUGCAGGAGCAAUCGCUACCCUAGCAGUAGUGAUUUACAUUUUUGCCGUAAUUCUGGCUAUAUUAGUCUGGUCAAUGUACAAACUCAGACACGCUAACAAAGCUGUACCAAUGGAACAACUACCUAUGAUUACUACACGACACAAUCGUAGUAAUAGCCCUAACGCGUUCGUUCCCGCACCACUUCCAUGUCUAACUGCAAUAUGUCUAAUUUUAACCACCGUUCUAACAAGUGCGAAUGCAUGUCAACGCGGAUACAUGCGGCACUCAGCGAACCUCAUUUGCAAUGAACAAAGCAAGUGCUUCUAUCAGUACAAUGAGGAACUCUUAUUUAAUCGCCUUACCUCCAAAAUUUGCAUACAAAUCAACCACUCGAACAAAACGCUUGGGUUCAUUAGGGUCACCAAAAAACCAAUAAAGUUGACCUGCUCCAAGGUUCUGGAAUUCUUCACAAGAGAGACUGAAGUACGUGUAUACCACGUUGAAAGAUGUGCACAAGCAGGGUCAUGCGUUGACAAUAAAUGUCACACAAUGCCAUCUAACGAAACUGUCCACGAACUGAGAAAGUACAAGAGGUACCCAGGUUAUUCUGGUUGUAUAUCGAUUUGUGGCGGCAUACCAUGUGGUUGCUUAUUGCCACUCCCCGCAUGUCAGUUCUACAGAGUCGUAAAUCGACCCACAUCUCGAUCAAUCUAUGAGGUGAUUAGGUGUGCAGAUUGGACCGCAUCGAUCGAACUCGAGAUCGAGGUAAUCCUAAUGGGGAAGAAUACGAAGAAGUCUUUGUCGAUGAGACCAUAUGUGACAGAAAUCGUCGAAAGAGUCGACAUCACUGUGAUAUCCCUACAAAAACCAACGAUCACAGCAAUCAAUCAGCGGUAUGCUAUCUCCGAAAAUGCAGCCUUCAUAUUACCGGACAGAUUCGUCGUGCCAGUAGAAUGCAGCGAUGAAGUCCAAGCACAAACCCAGUUCUCUACUUGCACGAAUCGUAUAAGGUGUCACUGUGAAAACGCCCACAGAUGUCAAUGUCCAGAAGAGUCCUUGAGUCACCUAAGAAACUCCUCAGCAUUACCAAUAGAAACACCCUCCUACAACCUCACAAAGGAAGACGAUAGUGUGAUGACUAUAACUGAGGAAGGAGAAUUCGUGCUCACACUAGACUCCAAAAUACUGGUGAAUGCGUCAGAAAUCGUGACAAAGAAAAAGUGCGAAAUCCAGACAAUUGAUCUCACAGGUUGCUACAACUGUGAACAUGGAGCUAGACUAGUUACUAGGUGCCGUUCACAACUGGACAUCAGAGUUACAGUUGUUUGCAAAACAUUCGAGUUCGUCAUUCAUUGUGGGCCAAUGAAUGUCAACAAGACCACUUUGUUAGCCUUUGAUCAUGCCAUUGUCCGAGAAACAUGCACAACCGACUGUUCAGAGAAUGUCGAUAUCAAAGGCGUGCUAAGCUAUCACAUUGGGCUCAACACGGCUGUCUUUGAAGCAUCUGAUCACUACGUUCUGAUCAGAUCCCAAUGGUUUUCGGACUGGAGCAUACCUGAUGUAACUCCUAUGAUCACCGCCUUAGCCAAACAUUGGAAAAUAACGGUUGCAGCAUUAGCAUCAACCGUGAUUCUCACAGCCCUAACCUACGUGGCGGGUCCAGUGGUACUACUAUACCUAGCAAAAUGUGCAGUUUACCCCUUCAAAAUGUUGCUCGCAGCUGGCCGAUUCCUUUGCUGCGCGGCAAAGGAGCCGAUCAAUCGUCAACCGAUCCCUCGAUCAGCCACGAUCAACCAAAAUUGGAUUGAGUUGGCUUACCGAUCAAACAGCUGCCACUAUAGCCAAUCCUCUGGUCCUCUCGAGUCGCCCGCUUGUGGGCUACCAGCCGAAGAAAUAACCAGAGCGGAUUUAGACCGCGCAGAAAUAGAUCAGAAAGAUCAAAAGUGCCGCAAAUAA